AUCAUACAUUACGUCGAUUCUCUCGUCAAUUUCCUUCGCACACUUUGUGCCGGUUGUCCCGGCACGCGAUUGAUUACAAUAGGCAGCGCGUGCACCGCGCUUAUGUCCAAACGCACUGCUGACGGCAGCACCGAGACCCCGUCAGCUAAGAAGACAGCCACGACCAUGAGCGCCAAGGGCGGGGCGGCUGACGGGGCUCAUGUGGAGAUCGAUGAGAACCUUCACUCCCGCCAGCUGGCCGUUUACGGCCGCGAGGCCAUGAAGAGAAUGGCCACGUCGAGCGUGCUGAUUUGUGGAGCGAAUGGCCUUGGCGUGGAAGUUGCCAAGAACGUCAUCCUGGCGGGCGUGCGCGGUGUGACGGUGCACGACACCGCCAAGGUGGCGCUCACCGACCUGUCCGCGCAGUUCUACCUGACCGAGCAGGACGUGGGCCGCAACCGCGCGGAGGCUUGCCGCGAGAAGCUGCAGGAGCUGAACACGGGUGUGGCGGUGCACGCGGCCAGCGGCGAGCUGACCGACGCCUUCGUGCGGCAGUUCCAGGUGGUGGUGGCCACCACUGCGCCGCUGGCGGAGGCCAAGCGCCUGGACGCGCUGUGCCACGCCGCCGGCACCGCCUUCAUUUGGGCGCAGACUCGCGGCGUGUUCGCCCGCGUGUUCACAGACUUUGGCCCGGCCUUCACGGUGUACGACGUCAACGGCGAAGAGCCGCACUCGGGCAUUGUGGCCUCAGUCAGCAGCGGCAGCCCGGCCAUGGUCACCUGCGUGGAGGAUGAGCGGCUGGAAUUCCAGGACGGCGAGCUGGUGUCUUUCAGUGAGGUGGUGGGUAUGGACAAGCUCAACACACACGGCCCCUUCAAGGUCAAGAACUGCAAGGCUCACUCGUUUGAGAUCGAGGCCGACACCAGCAGCUGGGGCGAGUACGUGCGCGGCGGCAUCGUGGUGCAGGUCAAGGAGUCCAAGAGCCUGAGCUUCAAGAAGCUGGAGCAGGCGCUGACCGAGCCGGGCGAGUUCCUGCUCACGGACUUUUCCAAGCUGGACCGCCCCGGGCAGCUGCACGUGGCCUUCCAGGCGCUGGACGCAUUCGAGGCCGAGCACGGCCGCUCGCCGCGCCCCGCCGACGCCGCCGACGCCGCCGCGCUGACUGCCGCCGCGGAGCAGCUGAACGGCGGGCUGGCUGCGGGGUCGGCCGCCAGGCUGGAGGCUGUGGACGGCGCGGUGGUGGGCAAGCUGGCUCACUGCGCGGGCGCGGAGGUCAGCCCCAUGGCGGCCCUGUUCGGCGGCGUGGUGGGCCAGGAGGUGGUGAAGGCGGUCAGCGGCAAGUUCCACCCGGUGUUCCAGUGGCUCUACUUCGACAGCCUGGAGUCGCUGCCGGAGCCCGAGCAGCUGGCGGCGGCGGGGCCUGAGGAGUACGCGCCGCUGGGAUGCAGGUACGACCCCCAGAUUGCGGUGUUCGGCCGCACCAUGCAACGCCGCCUCAGCCAGCUGCAGCUGUUCCUGGUGGGUGCUGGCGCGCUGGGCUGUGAGUUCCUCAAGAAUUUCGCCUGCAUGGGUGUGGCGUGCGGCCCGCUGCCGGGCGCUGACGCCGCCUCCACCGGCCGCCUGACGGUCACUGAUGACGACGUGAUCGAGAAGUCCAACCUCAGCCGCCAGUUCCUGUUCAGGGACUGGGACAUCGGCAGCUCCAAGUCCUCAGUGGCCGCCGCCGCCGCCCAGCGCAUCAACCCGGGCCUUGCCGUGACGCCGCUGCAGAACCGCGUGUCGCCCGACACCGAGUCCGUGUUCGACGACAAGUUCUGGCAGGGUCUGGACCUGGUUGUGAACGCGCUGGACAACGUGAACGCGCGCCUGUACGUGGACAGCCGCUGUGUCUACUUCGGCAAGCCGCUGCUGGAGAGUGGCACGCUGGGGCCCAAGUGCAACACGCAGAUGGUCAUCCCGCGCCUGACUGAGAACUACGGCGCCUCGCGCGACCCGCCCGAGAAGCAGGCGCCCAUGUGCACCGUGCACUCCUUCCCGCACAACAUCGACCACUGCCUCACCUGGGCGCGCAGCGAGUUUGAGGGCCUGCUGGAGAAGGCGCCGCGCGAGGCCGCCUCCUUCCUGGCCGCACCCGCCGACUACGCCAAGGCCGUGCGCGCCAACCCGGACGCCUCUGCGCGCCAGCAGCUGGAGGCGGUGGCGGAGGUGCUGCUGGACGGCCGCGCCGCGGACUUCAACGCGUGUGUGGCCUGGGCUCGCGGCCGCUUCCAGGACUACUUCCACAACCGCAUCGCGCAGCUGACCUACACCUUCCCCGAGGAUGCCACCACCUCCACCGGCGCGCCCUUCUGGUCCGCGCCCAAGCGCUUCCCGCGCCCGCUCAACUUCGACCCCAAGGACCCCGCGCACGCCGCCUUCGUGCAGGCCGGCGCCAUCCUGCGCGCCGAGGUGUUUGGCAUCCCGCGCCCCGACUGGGCGGACAGUGCGGCCAAAGUGGCGGAGGUGGCGGCGGCGGUGGACAUCCCCGCCUUCGUGCCGCGGGCGGGCGUGCAAAUCGAGACAGACCCCAAGGCCGACCGCACCAAGCCGGCGGGCGCGGACAAGACUCACGACGACGAGGCGGUGAUUGAGGGCCUGCUGGGGCGGCUGGAGGGCGCAGUGCCCGGGCUGGCCAAGGAGGGAUUCAAGCUCAGCCCCAUCCAGUUUGAGAAGGACGACGACGGCAACUUCCACAUGGACCUCAUCGCCGGCCUGGCCAACAUGCGCGCCCGCAACUACUCCAUCCCCGAGGUGGACAAGCUCAAGGCCAAGCUCAUCGCCGGCCGCAUCAUCCCAGCCAUCGCCACAGCCACCGCAGUGGCCACCGGCCUGGUGUGCCUGGAGCUGUACAAGGCGGUGCUGCCCGGCAAGAAGCUGGAGGCCUACCGCAACACCUUUGCCAACCUGGCGCUGCCGCUGUUCGCCAUGGCCGAGCCCAUCCCGCCCAAGAGCACCACCUACAACGACCUCACCUGGAGCCUGUGGGACCGCUGGACGCUGGAGGGCGACCUCACGGUGCAGCAGGUGCUCGACUGGUUCAGCGCCAAGGGCCUCAACGCCUACUCCAUCAGCUGCGGCCCCGCGCUGCUGUACAACAACAUCUUCCCCAAGCACGUGGAGCGCCUAGGCAAGAAGAUGAGCGAGCUGGUGGUGAGCGUGGCCAAGAUGGAGCUGCCCGCCAACCGCGACCACUUCGAUGUGGUGGUGGCGUGUGAGGACGACAAUGACGAGGACCUGGACGUGCCGCUGGUGUCCAUCAAGUGGAGGUAGCGGGUUGGAGGUAGUGCUGGGGCAGGAGCCGGUGCCGUGUAGCCAAGACUGGAGUGGUGUGUGACUAGGGCAGGGGCCGGUGGAGCUGACCAUGGAAGUAGGUGGACUGGUUAGGAUCGUAGUGACACAACAUAAAUGAGGUCACCGGAGAAUAUCGUAAUGCGAGACGUUAGCACAGGCUGAGAGGCUGCCUGCAGGUUGGUUGUUGCAUGUAUGGUGGCUUAUGCGGCAGACGUUCCUGAAGGAACCGCAUAAGGGAACAAAUUUGCAAUCCUACACUUAAUGAGAAGUGGGGAGGGGUGGGGGAAAGUCCGAUGAGCGCACGGAUGAGCGUAGAGGGCCGGGGCGGGUCACAAGGUGCAUGCGGGUCUGCACCGGGUAAGUGCAGAAGUUAUCCAUGGACU